AUAUCCUUAGUUAAAAAAAAUUCUCAAUUUAGUCACUGUUUCUUGGUUUAGACCAUUUAAAUUCAUCAAUUCUGUAACUUUUAAUUUGUUUUAGCUUCUUGGUACUUGUAAAGAUUAAAUCUUGUUUUUUUUUCCCCAAGGAAGAUGAUCUUGUUGUUCCAAGAAUACAUUUUGUGGAAAUUAAUUGUAAAUCUUGAGACAAAGUUCAGUGUUGCAAAAAGCUUUUAUUUUUGGAUCUUCCAGAUUUUCAACAGAAAUAGCUGUGGCACUUAGUUUAAGUGGAAAAAUAUUGUCUUGAAAUCUUGUGUCUGCUCUGUUGCAUAGCUAUUUUUUGGAGAAAAUUCUGUUUUUUUUAAGGAAUUGGGAUAUUGUUACUUCAUGUCAGGAACAUCACUGCCUCCGGGAUUUCGAUUUCAUCCAACUGAUGAGGAAUUGGUUGGAUAUUACCUGAAAAGAAAAACUGAUGGACUUGAAAUUGAAUUGGAGGUUAUUCCAGUAAUAGACUUGUACAAAUUUGAUCCAUGGGAGCUUCCAGAGAAAUCUUUCUUGCCUAAGCGUGACCUUGAGUGGUUCUUCUUCUGUCCUCGGGACAAAAAGUACCCAAAUGGCUCAAGAACUAAUCGAGCUACUAAAUCCGGAUACUGGAAAGCCACAGGGAAAGAUAGGAAAGUAGUCUGUCAUCCAGCAGUUGUUGGCUACCGUAAAACACUAGUUUUCUAUCGUGGAAGAGCUCCGCUUGGGGAUAGAACGGAUUGGGUAAUGCAUGAAUAUCGUCUCUGUGAUGAUGUUACUCAGGGCACUCCAAGUUUUCAGGGGCCUUUUGCACUUUGUCGUGUCAUAAAGAGAAACGACGUUUCAUUGAAGACGAAAGAUGUUCAAGGAGUUAAGCAGGUUGGAUGUAGUACAAGUACAACCAGUGGAGCAUUUACCUCAGUAAAUGAACCAAUUGUUGUUUCUGAUGAAACGCCAACUCAAAGCGCAUACAUGAGCAACGACAGUAAUUACUCGACUCCUAUUACUUCUCCUUAUCAGACAACACAAUUUGGGGAUUAUGAGUCUGCAAUAGGGGCUAAUUCUGCAAACCUCUGGAUGUCCUCUGCUAUGAUUCUUGAUUCAUCUAAGGAAUGUCCUCAGGGACAGAAUGCAUCAAGUUACUGUCCACAGUAUGACUUCCCGAGCAUGACUCCCUCGCAGCCUAGUGAUCAACAUGAGUUCACAUCAAAUUCAACUUUCCCGAAUUUUAGAGGGGAAGUUGAACUUUCUGGUGACUUAAGUAGCUUUGGCUGCAUGUCUCCUUACUCGAUUCAUGGAAGCUACGUGGGGUUUUAUGGCAACGAGGACAUGACAUAUGAAGGUUUCGACCAGAACAACUCAAACAGGAAUUCAAAUCUCUUCUGAAGACGAUAAGGCAAAAUCUAUAUAGCGGCUUUUGGAAGAUUUUUUAUUUGGUUUAUGAUCAUAGGAAGACAAUAUGUUUGGAUUGAAAUAACUUUUGUUGUUCUCUGAGACAAUAGUUUUUAAUGUUUGUCUUUAGAGUCGUUCGAUUUUACAACAUCUCUGAGUCUAGUUCCCCAAAUCAAUUCUAAGCAUAACGUUUCACAUUGUUAGUGAAGAAUGAAGUACUAUGUUAAAGCUAAUAUAGCACAAACUGUCUGCAAAAGUAUAAAUUAUCAGAAUAUUUCUUGUAAAAGUAAUGUUUGAGCUGCUUUA